AUGGUCCCGAACGAGACGUGGUCCGGUAUUCCUAGCGGGAAAACGAGGCACCCGCUACCGCCUCCAGAGGCCGCGGCCCCAACCACCCGACCGCCGAUCCUCCCGCCCAUGCUCGGAGCUGCUGUUGCCCAUGCCCGGGGAAAGUUGUGCUUGCCUCGCCUCGCCGUGCUUCGCCGCCGGGUCCGCCUCGCCCCGUGCGCGCCUCCGCCUCACCGCCGCGCGUCGCCGCCAGGUCCGCCUCGCCGCGUCGAGCUCGCCCUCCACCGGCGCCACAGCCGCUCCGUCCCGCCUCCACUGAGGCCGCACGAGGGUGCCGGCAGCGGCGAGCAGCGAGGAGAGGGGCGCCGCAGAUGCGCCGACAAGCAGGGAGGGCUGGAGCUCCUCCGCCGCCGCGUGCGGGCGUGCAGGGAGGAGAGAGGCGUGGAACCAGCAGUCGGCGCUGCUCCCCCGCCCGCGACAGCGCGGAGCUCGCCCGCGCCGAAGCACCGGGAGGGAGGGAGCCCCAAAGGGAGGAGCGUCUGGCCUCUGCUCCUCCGAUUUGCCGGCGCGAGCCUCGCCGUGCAGACCGAGAUGGCCGCCGGGGAGGACGAGGUGCUCGCGGGGCCCUGCACCUCCACGCCACGGGCCGCCGCUGCGUCGACUCCUCAAAUCGAGCCGCCCUCCGCCCCGCCAUGCGCCGCCUCCGUCCUCUGCCCUCCGCGCUCUAAGCAGAGCCGAGGAGCUCCACUGACGCCCGCCCUGCCGUCGCCGCGCAGGCCACCCCGCCACGCGCAGGGGCUCAAGCAGAGCCGAGCCUAG